AGUAACGGAAAAUUGUAAGAAGCUUUGUUUUGGACUAUAAAUUAUAAAUAAAUAACCCAGGUUAGUUGUAUUUCAAAAGUACCUUGGUUAUUGCCUAAAUGUACUUGACUUUUUGACUUGGUUAUACAAACUUUUUAACGAAAUAGAAUACUAUUUUAUUUAAAUAGUGGGUGGCAAGCCUGUUACUAUCCAUAACUGACAGAAAUCGCCCGAAUAUAUUGUAGCACAUACAUAACUUUUCUGAUUGCUGUCCGAUAAAUCAAAACAAAUCGCUUUUGAUGUUUCGCUUUUACAAGCUGUACUCGUUAUACAUGAACAACAUGGCCAGCGGGCUCACGUGGCAGCAGGAGUGGUGCCUGUGCGAGAAGCUGCCCCGAGCGGUGCUCCACAUCCCGGUGAACCGCCAUCUGGUCUGCGAGGUGUGCGGAUUGGCCCGACGCCCCCAGACCGGCGUCCACUCCUCCAGCGACGAGGAGACCGAGGUGACCGCCAAUCGCCAGAGGAUUUUAAUGGAGCAACGUCGCACGGAGGAAGACAAAAUAAGCCAGGUGAAGGCGAAGAAACCCAAUGCCAGAGCCAGUUGCCGGACGAACUGCGUCAAAUGCGGUGGCUUGUCCAGAGCAGAAGGUGGCCAGACACGAAAUGGUGACCCCAAACACAUUAAAAGCAAAUUAUAUUCGGUUCGUCAUGGCUUCCACUCGAAGCCAAAAAGAGUGCCACCACGCCGGGAGAAACAGGAACCCUCAGCGCCGCCACCUGAAAUGGCAUGGAAGCCACCAACACCGACACCGCCACCGCCUCCUCCUCCUCCUCCACCUCCUCCACCACCAGCAUCGAGAUUACCAUGGAAGGAGAUGCCAAACUUAAUGAAACAAGACGUUUUCAGUGAGGAAAAUCACGUACUCCAGAGCUAUAGUAAUCUCUUUGUCAGCAACUUUGUCCCGUUGAACACACCCAUUACGAAUGGCCUGGGAGGAGCCAUCUCCAAGAGGAGCAGCUACAGCUCCCGUCCGCCACUCUGUCACAGAAGUCGUCCGCUGCCCCCACUGGCCCAAGUACGGACCAACAUCUUGGCCAGUUGUCAAAAGUCGCUGGAGGACAGAGAGAAGGGCGGCAGCUCCAGUCCACAGACGUCCAAGGAUUCGCUAGAUGCCGAAAGCGAGCUGGCCAGCCAGUUCUGUCCCUUCGACCAGUACGAGGGUCCAUCAGAGGAUGCACUCGUCGUGAAUAGUGCUCGCUACCUGCUCCAUCGACCCAAAUCGUUGUACAUUGAACCACGCCGGGAUUUGCGCAACAAUCGCAUCGAGUCCUUGGAAAUGGAACUGAGAAGUGGCUAUGGUUCACCGGCGCCUUUACCACCCCCCAAAGUCCCCGUUAAUCCCGAGAACGAUAGUCCACCAGACGUGCAGCGUCCUUGCUUCUUCAUGACCAAGCUGGUGCAGCAAAAUCUUAUGAAAACCAUCAAUGAAAUCGAAUUCGAUUGUUCAAGCGAAAGCGGCUCCUUGAGCAGCAACACUUCCAGUCCCCCAAUCAUCCAGAAGACCAAACAAGGAAAUGCGCCAGAAGAGACCGGAAAUGUAGAAAGGCAGGCAGCCGAGAGAUCCGCCAUCAUUGCCUCGAUUUGGGAUCAGCUUAUCCGUUCACAAGCAUCCAAGAGCUCUGUCGAUAACUCCGAGGAUGACAAGGGCCCUGAAUUGAACCAGCUUCCCAAUCACGGCAACGAGGACCAUGGAACAAGUUCUUUUUUAAGUGAUUUAUCAACUGAUCAGUCUGUACUUUCUUCAAAUAAAACUAAGCACGAUCAAGAUUAUUCCAAACGCGUCUCAACAACACUAAGCUCUUCUAGCGGGGAAAGGGAUUUCUAUAGAAUAAACGAAUCAUCACCAAACACAACUGGAAAAACAAUAUGUUCUGUGAAGGACAAGCCCAAUUCCUUACCUUUAAAGUGCGGCCGUUGCGGAAAUCACCGAAAUAUUAAACAAAAUACAGAAAAUGAUGCCAUAAAAAUGAAGGGAGAUAUAAUACCUACAGAGCCCGAUGAUAAAAAUCGAACCUGCAUAAACAUAAAACUUAGAAAUGCUAUAAGGCAAAAACUGGAAAACAUAAGAACUGAAAAGAAGAAAUGCUCCAAGAUGGAAGAUUACGAAGAAGAUAUGUAUAAUGUUAAUCAGACAAUAUUUCAAAGAAAAGGGCAAAGAUGCUGUCAUUCGUAUAGAAGUUCAUCACAAACACAUUGCAAAAAUCAUCAAUGUGUUAUACCUUCCAUUUUACAGACUGACAAAAAGAUAUUGGAGAGUAAGAAUAUAAAUUUUGUAGACACAACGUUCAUUCGAUCUCCUGGUCUGUAAGCAAAACCUUCGAGACAGUGGUCUACAUAUGCUCAGAGAUUCCCAAGCUCCGUGUCGCUACCUUUGUAAGGGACACUAAAGUUAUUAAAGGGUAC